AUGUCUUCUCAUUACACUCCUGCAGGCUAUUCCAUGCCUCUUCCCGUUCCCUCCAAGGGCUCCCAAUACCCCACCUACAGCCAGUAUUCCGUCUCGCCUCCGGAAUGUGAUGACUCGGUUAGCUCCGCCUCGGGCAUCCCCUCCUACAGCAAUGGUGGAUACUCGGCUACCUCGUCCGGGUACCAAUAUUCUGGCGGGUACGGCGAAUAUGAAAGCACUCGCUCUGCUAGCGGCGUUGACUUCCAAGAGUACAUGCAAGACCGCUUUGCCAACUCUUUUGACCCAAUCCCCCUUGACCGCAGUAUGGCCAUGCAAGCUCAGACAUCUGGUAAAAUGAAUGCCAAGCACCGCGAGCUUAUGGAGCUUCAGAAGAAGGCGCAGGCUCGUCUUGCGAAGACUCGCGAGCGGUUCCAGGAGGGUAUGCGAGAUGCCCAUGAGGUGCGCAGCGAUCUUGAGUGGACGCAAAAGAAAGUUGGCUCGCUGAAGACCAAAGCUUCUCGCAAGCAUGGCAAAGAAUACAGCAAGGCCCGCGCCCGAUUUCCAUCCCCUGAGAACUAA